AUGGUGAUGGCUCAAUUAGCUCGAUUGAAGGUUGAUUUGAAAACAUGGGAACAUGAUUUCAUAUCAGAAAAUAAUAGACCACCAACAAAGGAUGACAUUAAACAUGAUGCCAAGAUUAAAUCAAUGUAUAAGAAAUAUUCUUAUUUGAAGAAAUCACAGCCUCAUCCUUCGCUGAUACGACAGAAAUCACCAAUGAAAAAUACUAUGAAUAAAACACCUCAGAAACAUGAUAAUACUACAAAGAAUAAUAGUCAGACACCGGUAGCAGCGAGAACUGCUAUGAAUGGUACCACAAAAGCGGUACCUUCCACAGGAAAAAACAAAACUACAACUGUACAAUUGGGCCCAACUCCACAAAUAUAUGGUGAAUCAAUAAGUAUAUUAGAUAUACAAGUAUCACCAUUGAAACCAAAAAAAUUACAACUGAUGGCAUCAGAUUCAGACCAAACAGAUGUAUCUCCAGCAUCUACAAAUACAGAUAUAAAUUUCACACCAAUUCAAGAACUUCCUCAGAAUGAUGAUCCAUCUUUGGAAAUUUCACCGAUGAAACCAAAACGAUUACAACUUGAUUCAUUACGAGCGGACCAUGCUAAUACCAAUAGCGUUAUGGACUCAAUUCCAAAACUAUUCUCGCAAGAACAAAAGAAUGUUGAAAACCGAAAAAAUAAAUUGGGACCAAAUUCCCCAUUAAAACUAAUAAAUGAAAUCAAAAUAACGAAACAAAUGACACCUAUUUCCAAAUUUCAUUACCAUAACUUAAAAUCUCCAUCUUCUGAACUUAAUUUUGAAAGUCCCUCCCCAUUAAUCAAGAACUUAAAAUUUAAAAAUAAGUCUUUAAAAGAAUUACAUUUAGAAUAUCAUACUAUUCUAAGGGAAUUCAAACUAGAAAAGGAAGCAAACGCAAACACAAACGUAGGUGAAGGAGGAAAUGAUGAACUGAUUUCAUCAGCAACGAUCAAAGAUGUAUUCAACGAUGACCAAGAACAAGAACAACAACGCGUAGACGAGGAGGAACAACCACAGGGUAAACAAGUUUAUGGAAAACCUGGUAAGAGGAAACGUAUAUUGAGAAGGUUACAAGAUAAUGAUGAGGCAAUUUCGGCCGUUACAGGUGCCAUUCAUGAACAAAAAAUCAUACCGAAGAACAUUCAUAAAGAACUUUUGAAAUUGAAACGUGAACAAGUAUCUCAAUUCUUUGGUGAUGAUGUUGCGACUACUAUUGGUAAUAUUGAAGACAUGACUGAUACAGAGGAAAACGAAGAAUUAGAUUCUCAUGCUACUGAACCGGAAAAACCAAUCAAUAAACCAAAACGAAAGAAACAAAAGAAAUAUAAUUUGGUAAGUAAUAAUUUCAGAAGGUUGAAGUUGCCCAAGAAGAACCGUCGUUGGCCCGGAAGAAGGAGAUAA